UGCUUUAUUAGCCACAUACUAUAUACACAUAUAUCAAAAUUAUUGUUUAUGAUUCACAUACCAUUAUGGGGCACGCGUUGGCGUGUUUUAAACUUGGUUUUAACGAGCAGCAAGAGCAUAGCGCUCUUGGCGCUGCCAGAUGUAGAUCGAGUUCAACAGGCUGGCAACCAUCAUCACAUCAAUGCUGCACACCUACGCACAAGGAAACUGUGCACAAAAACAACAAUUGGAUUUCGUCAACAAAUGGACCAUACAAUACCGCCUAAAGAGUUUAAAUGGACGCCGGGUGAUUUGAUUAAAGAAAAUUUCAAAUUGGGAGAAAAUGGUCAUGUUUGCGUAGUGCUUAAUCGAAAAAUUCAGGUUCCAAGUCACGUGGUGAAGUUGUUAUGGAAGAAUGCCAUUGUACGAUGUGCGGUUGAUGGUGGAUCAAAUCAUUGGCGCGAUUUUGUCAUAUCCCAAGGAGACGGCAAGAACACAUCACCAACCAAAUCCAAAGGAGCCAAGGAUGCAGAAGCAAAUACUGCUUUAAUAGCACCACCUGAUGUCAUAACGGGAGAUUUUGAUUCCAUCACCGAGGAGACGGUGGAAUUUUUCAAAACGACACCAAAAAUUCAUACUCCCGAUCAAGAUGCCACAGAUUUUACAAAAGCCAUUAAUGUCCUUCUGCCAGUGAUGGAGCAACGCAAAGUCCAAGAUGUAGUUGUGUUCAAUGAUAACUCUGGUCGCCUCGAUCAACUUAUGGCCAAUCUGAAUACUCUGUAUAAGGUGCAAAAAGAUAAUUGCAAAGUCUAUCUAUUAAGCGGUGAUUCCAUUACCUGGCUAUUGCGACCCGGCAAGCAUACAAUACAGAUUCCUCUUGACUUGGUCACUGGUCAACGGUGGUGCUCUCUAAUGCCGAUUGGUGCCAUGGCUCAUAAUGUCACCACCACUGGCUUAAAAUGGAAUUUAUAUCAUGCACAAAUGGAAUUUGGUGGCAUGGUCAGCACAUCGAAUACAUACUCCACAGAGUUUGUUCAAGUGGAGACUGAUGCAAAUCUAAUUUGGUCCAUGGGUGCUUAUGACUUUGAGGAGAAAAUCCGCUAAGAGAGGCUAUGGGAAGAAGACUUAAUUAGUACUUACACGCAAUCGAAUUGCAUAUGUAUGCAUCCUACACACAUAUACAUAUACAUAUACAUAAGUAUGCAUGCGUUUGUUAAUUACUUAAUUUAACUUAACCUAAGACAAAUGUUAAUUGUUAUUAAUUUGUUGGUCAGAUAGUCGGUUAUCUCUACUGGGUGGCCAGGACGGAAAAAAGUUGUUAAAAAAUCUUACACAAAAAAAUGUGCAACAAAAAUUCUAGUUUCGUUUUGGUGUUUCGUCUAAAUAGUUUUAAUGAUGCUUUUUACGAUCCAGUUUGCAGUGAACUUUGUUGUUAACGCUUUGCUCUAUGAUAAUAUUAAACAGAAUACUUAUAUUUA